CGCCGCGAGCCCAGCUCGCCUGCCUGGGAGCCCGGCGUUGUUUUGAAGGGAGCUAACAUGGCGACGGUGCCCGUCUAUUGCAUCUGUCGGCUGCCUUACGACGUAACCCGCUUCAUGAUUGAAUGCGAUGCCUGCAAGGACUGGUUUCACGGCAGCUGUGUUGGCGUAGAAGAAGAUGAGGCGCCAGAUAUUGACAUCUACCAUUGUCCAAACUGUGAGAAAACUCAUGGGAAGUCUACCUUGAAAAAGAAAAGAAAUUGGCAUAAGCAUGACACUGGGCAGACUACAGAGGUCAAACCCGUACAAAAUGGAAGUCAAGUCUUUAUAAAGGAACUUCGAAGUCGAACUUUUCCAAGUGCGGAGGAUAUUGUAGUGAAAGUGACUGGAAGCCAACUAACAACAGAGUACUUGGAAGAAAAUGGAUUCACAGAGCCUAUCCUAGUUCCAAAGAAGGACGGCUUGGGUUUGGCUGUACCUGCACCUACAUUCUAUGUCAGUGACGUUGAAAACUAUGUUGGACCAGAGAGAAGUGUUGAUGUCACUGAUGUCACCAAACAGAAAGACUGCAAAAUGAAGCUGAAAGAAUUUGUUGAUUACUACUACAGCACUAACAGGAAAAGAGUUCUCAAUGUAACUAACUUGGAGUUUUCAGAUACAAGAAUGUCCAGUUUUGUAGAACCACCUGAUAUAGUUAAAAAGCUGUCUUGGGUGGAGAAUUAUUGGCCUGAUGAUGCUCUUCUGGGAAAACCAAAAGUUACCAAGUACUGCCUGAUAUGUGUGAAGGACAGCUACACAGAUUUUCACAUAGAUUCUGGAGGGGCAUCAGCUUGGUACCAUGUGCUAAAAGGAGAAAAGAUAUUUUAUCUCAUCAAACCAGCCUCUGCAAACAUUUCUUUGUAUGAACGCUGGCAGUCAGCAGCAAAUCACAGCGAGAUGUUUUUUGCAGACCAGGUGGAUAAAUGUUAUAAAUGCACAGUCAAACAAGGACAAACACUUUUUAUUCCAUCAGGUUGGAUUUAUGCAACUCUAACACCUGUAGACUGCCUAGCAUUUGCAGGACAUUUUCUACAUAGCUUAAGUGUUGAAAUGCAGAUGAGAGCGUAUGAAGUAGAAAGGCGGUUGAAAAUUGUCAGCCUAACCCAGUUUCCAAACUAUGAAACUGCUUGUUGGUAUAUGGGGAAGCAUCUGCUAGAGACGUUCAAAGGUUUGCACAAAGCUGGGCAGCAGCCUCCUCCUCAUUUGCUCCAAGGGGCAAAAAUUCUCAAUGGUGCUUUCAGGUCAUGGACUAAAAAGCAGGCACUAGUAGACCAUGAAGAUGAACUCCCAGAGAAUUUUAAACCAGCACAACUUAUCAAGGACCUUGCCAAAGAAAUAAGAUUAAGUGAGAAUGCCUCUAAAGCCAACAAAACAGAAGCGAGUGCCAAUGUGAACGUAGAGGAAGUCUGUCCUGUGGAGAAAGAGGAAACACCAUCUCCCAUACAAGUAGCAACCCCUCCACCCCCCACAGAAAAAGUCCCUAAAAAAAAGACUCCAAAAAAUGUGAAAACGCCCAAGCCACCCAAGGUGCCCAAGCCGCCCAAACACCCUAAGCCACCUAAAACUCCAAAGGUCAAAGGAGAAGGAAAGAAAAAAGGAAAGAAGGCAAAGGAAAGCCCACCACCGGCCAUUCCAAAUCUUGAUCUGCUGGAGGCGCACACAAAAGAGGCUCUAACAAAGAUUGAAACGCCAAAGAAGGGGAAGGCUGCAAAGAACGUUUUAAAUGUUCCUAAUAAGGAAACUGUUAAUAAACAAAACGAGGUGGAGAAAUUUGAAAUUCGAGAGCAGAAUAAGACCAAAACAGAAGCCAAGUGGAAAUAUAAGAACAGUAAACCUGAUUCAUUACUAAAAAUGGAAGAGGAACACAAAUUGGAAAAGACACCUUUAUCAGGAAAUAAGGACAAUAAAUUUACAUUUUCUUUUGCUAACAAAAAACUGCUUGGUAGGUCCAAGGGAGUCAAAACCCAGUUGAAUACUACUGUGUUUGGGUCUCUCCAAAAUUUCAAAGAAGAUAAAACAAAACCUGUGCGUGAUGAAUAUGAGUAUGUGUCAGAUGAUGGUGAACUGAAAAUUGAUGAGUUUCCAAUUAGAAGGAAGAAAAACACUACAAAAAGAGAUUUGCCCUUUUUAUCAGAUAAGAAAGAAACUCUACAACACACACCAAUUAAAAAGCCAAAGGUGGAAUCGGUAUCAUAUAAGAGUGAUGACUCCUCUGAUGAAGAUUCACUUCACAUUGACACAGAGGCAAAGCCAGGCCGCAACUCCAAAGUAAAGAAAGAGAGCGGAAGUUCUGCAGGAAUUCUAGAUCUGUUGCAGGCAAGCAAGGAGGUUGGGGGUUUGGAGUAUAACACCAACAGUCAGCCACCUGCAUCUCCUAGCACACAGGAAGCCAUCCAGGGAAUGUUAUCAAUGGCAAAUCUCCAGUCUUCAGACUCCUGCCUGCAAACUUCGUGGAAUACCAACCAAGCUAAAAAUAACUCUAUCUCAACCCAGAACUCCAAAAAAACUGGGAGCAGUAACAACAAAAAUGCAGGCAAGAGGUUACUAAAGAAAAGCACAAAAAAUAGCAUUGAUAUUGAAGAUUAUGAUGACCAGGACCAUUUAGAUGCUUGUUUUAAAGAUUCUGAUUACGUUUACCCUUCCCUUGAAUCGGAUGAAGAUAAUCCAGUAUUCAAAUCAAGAUCAAAGAAAAGAAAAAGUUCUGAUGAUGCUCCGUACAGCCCGACAGCAAGAGUUGGCCCCUCAGUACCUCGACAAGACAGACCUGUUCGAGAGGGUACAAGAGUUGCAUCCAUUGAAACUGGACUGGCAGCAGCAGCUGCCAAGUUGUCCCAGCAGGAGGAACAAAAAGGCAAAAAGAAGAAGAAUACCAAAAAGAAACUGUCUCCCAACAACACAAACAAACUCUCUCAGGAAGGCAGCUCUCCUGAGCCGAAAUUAGAGUCCCACAGCAGUACUCUAACAGACCAUGAAUAUACUGCUGGGGCAAGCACAUUUGGAGUUGCCCAGGUAAACAGAGGUUCUCAACCUAUGGCACCUGGAGUUUUCCUCACACAGAAGAGACCCUCAUCAUCACCGAACAAUGCAGCUGCCAAAGGGCCAUGUGUGAACCACCAUUCUACAAAGGAAGCCAGGAUGACCGCUUUCUCCACCCCUCCACUAGAAGCUGUGCCAUUAUGCAGCCAGAGCGGAAAACGUACAAAAAAGGGUAUGGCUACCGCUAAGCAGAGGCUUGGGAAGAUUUUGAAAAUCCAUCGGAAUGGGAAACUUCUUCUUUAAUAGUUAGAAAACUGGGACUUGAUCAGAGCUCAGUAACUCCUGAGCUGACACUAACUCUUCAACUCUUGAAGGACUUCAGUAGUAUUGUGCAUCAUUUUAGGGACAAUACCAGUUAACUUUUUGCCACCACUUUAAUAAUUCUUUUUAACUUUCAGCAGUUAAAGUGUACAGAAUACUGCUAUAAAUAUUUUUUAAUAUAGAUGUCCUUUCUCAAAUUGCUGAGAGUGACUAGUUCGCAAAAAGUUAAUAAUAAUCCAAGAAAUUGAGGAUCAUUCCAGUUUUAGGAAAGUAUCCCUCUAAUUUGUUCAUAAGUAAAAGCCAGGUUGUUUUAGCAGAAUGCACAUCCACUUCAGUUACUCUUCACUUAAGAAAACAUAUACCAACAUUACAGAGGUAUUUGGUCAAGGAGAAAUAGACCUGAGUUUUAAAAUUAAUUCUGCAUUGAAAUUCUAUUUAAAAAGGGGGAUAUUUUCUGUGUCUGAGUUCCCAAGACAUUUUAAGGUGCACUUAUAAAUGCAGGAGGCAGUCUGCAUAAGGCAGAACAUGAUGGUUUCUCCCUGGUCAUGACAGAAGUAUGGGCCAACCAAAAGAGCUGUCUCCACACCUGAGCACGAUUCCACGCCUCAUCCCGCUGACGGUUGGACAACCCUGGGUGCACAAGACAGCGUGUGUUUAUGCACAGUGAAAGCUGGUUUACAGCCCACUUGGGACUGGCAAGGCCCACCUCUUUUAGGGGGUUCAGAACUGAUUGGGAGUUUUAGCUAAACCUUUGCGUUUCCUCUCUGCUUGAGGGUCAGUUUUCUCAGGCAACUGGUAUACAUGAUGGUAUAAUUGCCUGCAUCCGUGGUGAACUCCACAGCAUGCCAAGAUGUGUUGCAGACUUUGCAGUCAUUUAACUGCAGUAUAUGAGGUCAAGCUCUGCUUCUUCAUGUGCAGCUUUUGAUGCUCAUAUCAAAGCACUUCUUAUCAGAUACAUGUAGGUAACCUUGGGAAUGAAGGCUGCAUGUACCCAGGUGUCUGAUAGUGGGGAAAGUGUAGCUUAUUGACAAUUUGACUGGAUACUUUUUUGUCUUUUAACUCUCUUAGUGUUUGGUGUAGAGUGCAUUCUUUUACAUUAAACUGCUUGUCUGCAUAUAAACACUUGAGGGGUUAAAUUUGUUUCUCAGGCAACCCCGUAUUUUAAUUUUUUAGAUGUGUUUACUAAGGCAUAUUUUUCAUAGAAUGUAGCUUGUACAUAGCUUUUUAAAUAACUUCUUUUUUAUAAGAGUAAAGUAUCUUUAGAAAUUUCUUUCUAUAGAAUCCUUCAUUAACAUUUAUACGAGUUUUGGCUGAGUAUUAUCAACCAUUGUAUUUUUAGUUUGAUUCUAAAAGGGUUUGUUUUGAUUUUGUUUUGUUUUUCAUUUUCCUUUCUUUCUGGAUUUGGGCGUUGCCUGAAAAACAAGUAAAACUUUGUGCAGCCUUAGAAAACGUCUUAUACAGAAUCAAAUCAGAGUACAAAAUAAUCUAUUUAAGACACAUUUUGAAGAAUAAUCUUCAACUUUAAUACCAGCUCUUUGUUUUAAUUCUUGUAUUAUGAGGGGGAUACAGUUAUUUUACUAGCACCUUGUGAAGUGUUUCUGUGUUUUGUGAUGAUGUAAUUUAUUAAUGUUUGUAGCUUUUUAUAUUUGUACAUUUCUUAUGAGCUUUGUUUAUAUACACAUUACCUGGAUGUGAUGUCCAUGAAAAAAACAGCUACAGGAAACAACUGAGGCCUUAUUAACUAACCUUUAUACUGUUAUAGUGUGACAUAGAUUCUGAGCGCUAAGGAGUCUAAGAGAGUUAGUUGAAUAGGGCCCCAGACUUAUGCAGAGCAGGGUUUUUAAGCUUCCCUAGUAUACUGUUCUUGUUGAGCAUUUAUAUAAUAUAACCCAGACAUCAUGCUGUUUUUUUAUUAUUAUUUUCGCAACAUGUACAUUUCUAACAAAGUUUAUUGUGGCUAUCUAUUACAGUGUUUUAUUUACCAAUUCAUAUCAAAUGCUCUUGUAUCAAGUUCAUGAAAUCUAAGUAAACUUAGAUCAAAGUUUAAAAAAAAAAAGUAAAAUAUUUCAGGUUUUGUA